AUGCCAGAAAAAUCUCAUUGCACCGUCCCGAUCCCCUACACCUCCCUUCCAUCAUUCAUCUUCGGCUCAGAUCAUGGCGAUGUCUCCCACGACCCAGCGUACAUCGACUGUGACAGCCAGGAAACGCUCUCUUUUCACGAUUUCCGUGAAUAUUCUCUAAAAUUCGCCGCGGGGCUUCGUGCCAAUGGUCUCCAACCAAGUGGUCGAGUUCUUCUCUUCUCCGGUAACGAUAUGUACUUUCCCGUCAUCUUCAUGGGAGUCGUGAUGGCCGGCGGAAUCUUCUCCACAUCCAACCCGUCAUUCACCGCUCGAGAGCUUGCUCAGCAGCUACGGGAUUGCCAACCUCAAUUUGUACUUGCUGCGGACCCCAGCGUGGCGCUGGAGGCGGUGGGAUUGGCUGGUCUGAAGUGUGAGGUUGUUUCGCUCGAUGAUUGGAAGAAGUUUCUCGGUGCGGAAGACAACAAUUUAUUUCCCUCUUCUGAAGAAGAGAAUCCACGCCGGACAAUCUUACUUUUAUACUCGUCCGGGACCACUGGAUUUCCCAAAGGCGUAGAGCUGUCACAUUACAAUCUCGUGGCAAAUUGUUGCCAGUUGGAACACAACGUCCAGACACCUCAGCGAUGGUUAUGUUUUCUUCCCCUGUAUCAUGGCUUGGCUCUUCUGCAUUUUACCACCCUUGCACCUUAUCUGAAGAUCCCGGUAUAUAUCAUGAAAAGAUACAAUCUUCCCAAAAUGGUGGAAAAUACCCGAAAGUUCCGUAUCACAGAGCUCCUGCUGGUCCCUCCAAUCGCCAUUUCUUUGGUGAAAUACCCGGUCAAGGAUCUCCCUGUCCGGCGGAUUAUCAGCGCAGCAGCGCCGUUGUCAAGGGAGGUCUGCGAGCAACUCGAGAAGUUGUGGCCGGUCAAGGUUGAACAAGCUUGGGGCAUGACAGAAGCAGCUUCUCUGACCAUUGGUAACGGCCAGUUGAUGCCAAAUUGCGAGGCCAAGCUCAUGGAUGGUGUCGAGGAAGGGCGGAAAGGAGAACUAUGGAUUCGAGCACCCAACAUCAUGAACGGAUACUGGAGGAACCCGAAAUCGACUGAGGAAGUCUUGACUCCGGAUGGUUGGCUGAAGACUGGUGACAUCGCCUACACUGAUCAGGGCAAGUAUUAUAUUGUCGACCGGAUAAAGGAACUGAUAAAAGUCAAGGGAAAUCAGGUCGCGCCAGCAGAACUGGAAGCCCUGAUCCUAGAGCAUCCCCACGUGGCCGACGCGGCUGUAAUUGGUGCCAAAAUUGAUGACGAUGAACGGCCGCGAGCAUACGUUGUUCCAAAGAAGGGAGUUUCUCUCACUCAGCAAGAUAUCCUGAAGUUCGUCAACGGAAAAGUCUCCAAGAUUAAAUGGAUUACAGGAGGUGUGGUUUUUACCGACACCAUUCCCAAAACCCCGGUAUCUCCCUCUGCCACAGAAAUUGCGAUUCAUGGUUGA